GUGAAUGUCAUAAAAGCUGUGGCACAUGCUUUGUCUUACAUGCAUCAUGAUUGCUUCCCACCGAUCGUUCAUCGGGACAUAUCAAGCAAGAACGUGUUGCUCAAUUUCGAAUAUCAAGCUCAUGUCUCAGACUUUGGAACUGCUAAGCUUCUCAAGCUGGAUUCAUCCAAUUGGACUCAACUUGCAGGCACAUAUGGAUACAUUGCACCAGAACUAGCUUACACAAUGAAGGUGACCGAGAAAUGUGAUGUUUACAGCUUCGGAGUGUUGGCAUUAGAAGUGAUCCAAGGGAAGCAUCCUGUGGAUAUUAUCUCCGCUUUUUCAGGUUCAUCUGCCAACAUGAACAUUGAGCUUGAUGAUAUGUUGGACCCAAGGCUUCAAUUUCCCUCCCUGGAAGUGCAGAACAAACUGAUUUCCAUCAUGAAUGUGGCCUUUUUAUGCUUAGAUGUAAAUCCACAGUCUAGACCAACCAUGCACAUUGUGUCUCAGCUUUUGAGCAACUAAACCUUCAGUAAUCACACUAGAUUAAUAAUUUUUGGCAAGUGAGUUUUUGAAUUAAUUGUUUGUAAGAAAGUUUAUCAUAUUUCCAGAAUUCAGCAACAUUGAGACUUGAGAGUGAUUUGUAACACAAA